GGUGAAAGGACACACAGCAGCAGCCGAGAUGACAACAUUACGACCGUUUACCUGCGAUGAUUUGUUUAAAUUCAACAAUAUUAACCUGGAUCCUUUGACAGAAACUUAUGGGAUCCCAUUUUACCUCCAGUACCUGGCUCACUGGCCGGAGUACUUCAUCGUUGCAGAGGCUCCAGGCGGUGAACUGAUGGGCUACAUCAUGGGGAAGGCGGAGGGAUCUGUGGCUCGGGAGGAGUGGCACGGCCACGUCACCGCUCUGUCCGUCGCUCCGGAGUUCAGAAGACUCGGCCUCGCAGCCAAACUCAUGGAGAUGCUGGAGGAGAUCUCAGAGAGGAAAGGUGGGUUCUUUGUGGAUCUCUUCGUGCGAGUCUCCAACCAAGUGGCGGUGAACAUGUAUAAACGUCUGGGCUACAGCGUCUACAGGACGGUGAUAGAGUAUUACUCAGCCAGCAACGGAGAACCUGACGAAGACGCUUACGAUAUGAGGAAAGCUCUGUCCAGAGACACGGAGAAGAAGUCCAUCAUCCCGCUGCCACAUCCUGUCAGACCGGAGGACAUUGAAUAACAGUAGACUGUGGCUCUCUGACGCUCUGCUCACUGCACCUCUGAUGAUCAAUACGUUGAUAACCACAGGACCUGCUCAGUUACACUGUACAUAAUGAACUGCCACAGAUGCUGCUUCCUCAGUUCUCACAGUCAGAGAGCCACUGCUUGUACAAAUCUUGAUUUUCUAAUAUCAUUAAUUCCCAGUUCAGCUUCAUUUCCUGUAAAUUCUAAAUUUGCUGAAGAAACAAACACAAAGAGCCGGUUUGAAUAGAUGUGAGUGUAAUGGCACAAAAACAUGGUCGUACAAUAAAGACUGAUCGUGA